AUGGCAGCAAGUUUCACCCAAGGCGGUGUAGGACCUGUUUCGCUUCCUGGGACGGUACUUUCAGGUAUGGCUUCAUCUACAAACCCCCUCAACAUCCCGCCCACUCCUCCUAUCACGACAUCCAACACUCCCACGCCCACAUCGGUUACUCCCUCUCCAUCGGCGUCGUUCUCCUUUACCACCCCGGUCAAUCUCACUUCCUGCAAGUCUGGUUUCGUCGGUUGGAACUACUCAGGCCCCGCAGAUUCGCUUUCGCUUUACGUUCUGAAUGGUUUAAUCAUCGAAAACGGCACCACCAACCUGAAUCAGUCCAUUGCCACGGCGCUCGAUCCGACGACGCUCUUGUACAUAUGGUCUCCGGUGAACGUCGCGGCCGGCGGGUACGUCUUAGCUGCUGAGGUCGCAGGGAUUAGUGCCCAGUCGUCAGAGUUCUUCGUCGCCAGCGGGACAAAUUCGUCUUGCCUCGCAUCGGUAUCUACCCCUGAACCGUCGGCCGGCGUUUCGUCCAGCAAUCAUCACGUCGGGGCGAUCGUAGGCGGGGUCAUUGGAGGCGUAGCGUUUGUGGUGGUGAUACUCCUGAUUCUCUUCUUGUACCGCCGUCGUCGGCCGGGUCCCAUCCUGCCGCGCACGCGUGCCCUCAGCGACGCCGGCGCGAAGAAAGAGGGGCGUUGGACUGGCUUGUCGUCACGCGAUACAGUCAACGGCGAUUUACCCACGAAGCGCUCCCACGACUCUGUGUCGCACAGCGAGCACAGCGAGGAGACGGCGGUCGAGCAGUAUUCCAGCGAGGAUAUUGCCGAGGCUAAGCUGGGUUCGCCGUACAAGCGGGAGUCCAUCGAGACGGUGCCUCCACUACCGUACACCGAGAGCAGGCGCUCGUCUCUCGCGAGCCCGGUGAGCCCUACCUCGCCGCGUCGCAGCGGAUCGUAUGGGCGCGGGCGCGCUCGCUCGCAGAGCCAGGUGAUGGCCCUGACGGAUUUCGGUGCAGAUCGCGCGGCGCGCCACGUAUCCCGGCGAUCUGUCGACUCCUCUAUACUCGUGCACAGUCCCGAUGCGCUGCAGGGUCCUGUCGAGCUUCCCAGCAUACAUUCACCUGCCGAUGUCGUACCGAUAAAUCGCUCCUCGUCUGCAGGCAUUCCACGCCGCGCGGCUCGCAAGCCCGUUCCUACUUACAUGGAAGAUGCUCCCGUCGAUAACGAUCCUGCGCCCGUCAGUGGUGGUUUAUGGGAGAAUCACGGCAGCAGGUCGCACUCCAGGGAGGAUCUGGCGGCCGCAGGGAUCAAUUUACCGAAAUUGGACCACAAAUCGAGCUUUGGAGAAAUGAAGCCGAUGCACGUCUUGAUUCCGGACAUGCCGCCUCCCCCGCGUGACUAG